AUGUCUUCAGGAUCGAGAUACUCUGGCAGCGCGGCCUCAAGGUCCGGCAACCCGACAGGUUCAACCUCGGGAUCUUCUACAAACACUGGUUAUGCGCCGCCUCGUCGCUCACCCACAGAUUCGUCCUAUUAUGACUUUCAUGGGCACAGUGCCAACUCUGGCAGGGAUCCCGGCACAACCUGGAUGUAUGCGGCAGAUGCAAGAGCGCAGCAGGCCAACGCUCCCACCCAACAGGUUCUAGGCGUUCGGUACGCUGGAUACUAUGGAAACAAGGACAGCAAUGGGAACCCAUGCUUUCCAUUGAGUAUGCCCCCCGAGAGCAUGCCAAACCCAAGGAGGCCCGGCCACUCAUCCACGGGGUGGCUUCAUCAUCCGCUCAUCCCUGGAGAACAGACAACCUAUGUCUCUGGUACCGCCCGCCCCGGAGCUGUUCGCAGUGUCUACGCCCCGAGCGACCGAACCAACUUCGAUGUGAUGUACCAUGACAGUGGCAGGGGAGGCGACUUUUCACAGGCGACAUAUGUUCCAAGAAGGUAG